CAGUUUAGCGCUUACCCCAUGUGGCUAGUCUCGCUUAGUCGCCGGUGCUGCCUCUUCUUUCGCAGCAGCGCUCGUUGUUUGUUCAACACCAACUCUCUUCUUUCUGUUUCGUCACUCAACAAGAUUCUCAGCAUCAGAGGCCGCCUUUGAGGUGGUCACGCCCUUCCCGGUUGGGUUCGUGGUGUGCUACCACCUAUUACCACUUCGACUUGACGUUCCAACACCAGACCUGCCAACUUCGGACUUCACCUCACUUCUCUUCUCUUUCGCCACCAUGCCGCACCUUCCUCAAGAGCUCGUUGACAUGAUCGUGGUCUUACUUGCUGAGCCAAUUGAACUUGACAUAAGGCCCUACAAAAACCCAAUCGCGCAAUAUGCCACCAUCAAUCGCGCAUGGGCCGUGGCUGUCGAGCGCUACACGUUUAGAUCCAUUCAUCUGCAACCUUCCGAUUGCAACAUAAAGAAGGUCGAGCCCAACCCGUUUCUUGGACCCAUUCAGGUGAAACCUGCUGACAGCGGUAUGACGGUCGCACGCCUUGCCCAGGCGCUCCAGCGGGAGGGUGGCUACCGCCGUUACUACAUGAAGUUUCUUGCAUUCAAGCUUGAUUACGAAAACCACCCGAUAAACCACUUGGUUCAUGAUUCGAGUCCAGCGCAGAGCCGUGCCACUACUGACGCAGUAUUCUCACGCGACAUCGCUGAUCUAUGGGCUAUUUUGGCACAUUGGCCGCGCCCCUCGAAGCUUCGGCUAGAACUGAGCCUGGAUGGUCCUAAAUCCUACAACCACGGAAUGAUAAAAACCACUGACUUCCUCAACUACGUUGGCGGCCCGCUGCCGUUGUUGUCGAACGUUAAAUCCCUUAUGCUUGGCACGAACGCAUGCAUCCAGCCGCAAUCUGUUACGCAACUCCUUACAUCACUGCCGGCCCUGGAAGAAGUUUUCCUCGACUUCGACGAGUUAUGCAAUUCGUACUGGUACACUGAGGAAUAUUCGGUUAUUUCAAUCGAUACUGAUACAGCCCUUCUGGGCUGCAUCGCACAGAUCCCGUACAGCUGCGAAUCUGUCGAUCUUUACGUCGGGUACGCGCCGUAUAACCAACUAGGCCCAAAUGAUGCCUUCCUCUGCGCUGGGAUGGCGCCGCUCUCCCUUCGUCUUAUACGACUCAAUCUUACUGGCUCAGCUGCUUCCGUCACCUUGCUGGAUAUUAUGGCUGCAUUGCCGUGGCCGCGCCUUAAAUACUUGGAUGCCAACUACACGGUAACCGGGGACGACUGCGAGCCUAAUUUUAGAUUUGUAAAUGAUCUACAAGUGGCUGCAGGCCGUGCGGCCCGCGCUACGCCCUCUUUAGUUGCUAUGAAUAUAAGCUACACCGAGUUUGGCGACCCUUUAUUUAAGUCGGCCGAUUGGAUCGAUGUCGGACUGGAUAUCAGGUUUAGUUGCAAGAAGGAUGAGAGGCUAGUGGAGUGGGACUGUGGCGAACUUGGUGGCAAGUAUCCUCUUCUGGAGUACGCCGUGCUUAAGGCAUGGGGGGUCGACAAGCAUCCAGAGGACAUAGAAUGGUACGGAUCGUAUGGUCGAUGGACUGCUCAAGAGGUGGUGGACUGGAAAGUUCCGAGCAAGCAGCUACGCUAAUAAUCAUGGGUUUCUGACGCUGGCUAUCUUCAUGACACGCCAGGUCGAUGAGAUCAUGCGAGCUUACAUCAACCACCAAUGGGAAACUUGCAUGGGUUACAAAAAAUUGGACACAGCGAUUUCCUUUCACUUACCAAAGAAACUUAAACAAUAGGUAGCAGCGGGUAAAAACAAGAUGAC